AGUGGAGAGAGCAGACAUCACAUAUCGAUCAAUGGCCGCAAUCAGGCUUCCAAGCCGCAUGCCACUUCAUCCCAACAUUCCAGACACAAAUCCGAGGCACACCUUAUUCCCAACAAGAAGCGACCUUCAUGUGUCAAGGAUCCUCAGUUGAGUCAAGCGCUGAGCCGCUACGCCAACCAACGACGGGCCUUCUUUUCGAGUGAUCUGCAAAGCCGCGGCGAUUUCCCCUCGUUAAGCGGCCUAACGAACCCCAAAACUUAACCCGUUCAGAACAUCCGAUGCCCACAUGAACCCCCCCGGAUUCUCAAUCACAUGCGAUUGGCAAGAGAAACUUGCCUAUUCGCAUUCGGAGAGGGCCUCCCGCUGCAGGGUGAAAAUCCGGCACUCCAGCAGCCCUAUAUAGCCCAUCCCACCCCUUCCUCCCCCCCACAAGGGUAUCCUCGCAGAUGAGUUGACCACCACCCUUACCACCCAUCAUGAGCGGUACACACCCCAAUCCUAAGGAUUCAAUGAAGUCUACAUGGCGUCGACUGGAUCGCGCCGAGUGGAGCGUCUGGCACUGGUUCUUCGAGAUCCUCGGCGUGCACCCCAGCAACCUCGACAAGGAGGUCCCCGUGCAUCCAAAGACCGAGAAGGUUCCCUACAUGAGAUCAUGGUCUCAGCACCUCUGGAUCCUCUACCAUGCCCUCCUCCCCCUCGCAGUCCACCACGUCUACGUCUCCUACACCGGCCACAAUUUCACCGCCGUGGGCGCCUUCAUCCUCUACUCCGUCGCCUUCAAGCUGAUCGCCAUCCACCAACUCCAAGUCAUGCGCCGCAUGGGCCACGUCCUCGGUUUCCUAGACGGCGACCAGCACGGCCGUGACGGCGUCCCCGACGUCGGAGUAGCCAAGGUCGUCCGGUCCCUGCUAUCGACAUCAACCUUCCGACCCAUCAUGACGGUCUUCCUCAGCUACCGAGUCAGCCAAGCACCGGCCCAGAUGAGCUGGGGCUGGCUACCACUCGAAAUCGGACUAUACGGCAUCAUCCUCGACUUCUGGUUCUACUGGUACCACCGACUGAUGCACGAUGUAGGCAGUCUCUGGAAGUACCACCGGACGCACCACCUGACCAAGCACCCCAACCCACUCCUAACCCUGUACGCGGACACAGAGCAGGAGUUCUUCGACAUCGCGGGCAUCCCGCUGAUGACAUACUUCAGUAUGAAGCUGAUGGGAAUGCCGAUGGGGUUCUAUGAGUGGUGGAUCUGCCAUCAGUAUGUGAUGUUCACGGAGUUGGCGGGCCACAGUGGAUUGAGGAUGCAUGCGUCGCCGCCGUCAACGCUGGAUUGGUUGUUGAAGUUGAUUGGGGCGGAGUUGGUGAUUGAGGAUCAUGAUUUGCAUCAUCGCAAGGGAUGGAAGAAGAGUCAUAAUUAUGGAAAGCAGACUAGGCUGUGGGAUAAGAUCUUUGGAACGUGUCAUGAGCGGAUUGAGAGUCGAGAGGAGAAUGUGGAUUAUGAGAAUCCGGUUAGGAUGCCGAUCUUUUAGUCUUGCGUGGGGGAGGGAAUAGAAGGGGGGCAAGGAAGAUAUGUUCAUAGGUAUGGGGGUUGUAUUUAUGGAUGGGAAAGAUUGUGAUUUAUUGUUCAUUCUUGCGGGAGUUGUAUAUAAUGAUGACUUUAUGGGAUGGAGACUAAGUUAUGAAUAUAUGCCUUGUUAUUUUCG